UCACUUCUCUGCACAAUUAAAUUGGAAAUUUUACAGUAUAUAAUCCAUUUUGAUCGAGCGGACAAGAGAGGUAGAAAAAUAGUGUGAUGGCAUCCGGGUGGGGAAUCAACGGUAACAAAGGCAGGUGCUACGAUUUCUGGGUCGACUUCAGCGAGUGCAUGUCCCGUUGCAGAGAGCCCAAGGACUGUGGACUUCUCCGUGAAGAUUAUCUCGAGUGCCUCCACCAUUCUAAAGAGUUUCAACGAAGGAAUCGAAUUUAUAAGGAGGAGCAACGUAAAUUAAGAGCUGCCGCACGAAAAGACAAGGAAGGCGAAAAUGGUGUUCAUCAUCAUGCAUAGUCAGAAUUUGUGAUCCUUUAAUUUUCCAAUAAUAAUAAUGCAUGGAGAUUGUUGUAUUUAUGUUGGGAUUGGUAUUUUAACUCUUUGCUAAAUUACCUUUUGGUUUCCCUUUCAUUGGAGUGGACAUUGUUGUUUUCAGCCUGUGGCUGUGGGAGCAAAGUUAAAUUGGGGUGAGCGAAACUUUUUUACUCAAAAAAUUUUUGAAUUUUGAAUUAAUCGAAUAGAAUUAUUUUA